GGGCCCUGCGAGGGGCGGCGACAGGGACGCAGGAGGCAGACGGUGGGGAGGGGACCGAAGGCACCGGAACGCGGGAGGGGCAGCAGCGUGGUCCCUGGGACAGGCUGAACUAGCAGUGCAAGAAAGAGAGCGACGGCGUGACCAGCAAGCAACUAAGAGACUGACAACAGAAAAGGGAUCUGUAGGGGACAGAGACGGCGACAGGGAGGACGGGUGUGGGGAACAGAGUUCUGCACCAGGAAGAAAGGCGGGACGUGGAGCAGAGAACAGCAGGCUUGAGGAUCGCUGUGUCCUGCUUACAGGUAGUUCGUCUACCUGUAACAGUAGUUCUAGAAGUCCCUAACCCUCGGUUCCCAGUUACCAGGACCAGCCCCCAGGCCAGUCUAGUCUAGAAAAAUGAUGACCCCAACAUCAGGAAGCUGAGAGAGGUCAGCGAAGAGAGGCCACCCUACGAGAGCAGCCCACCUGGCGCUUCACCCGGAGUUUCACUUCCGUCCCUGACUCCCUUCCCAUCUAUGCAUGAGGAAAGUGGGCAGCUGAACCCAGAGCAUCGUAGGGAACCACGUCACUCCCAAGUCUCCAUGGCAGAAGAGGAGACCAUCCUACAGAUCACCAGGAACCUAAAAAAUGCUGUCUCCGCCAUCCUUCAGGGAUACGGGGAUGGGCAGGGGCCGGUGACAGACACCAGCGCUGAGCUACGCGGACUCUGUGGCUGUCUGGAGCUGCUGCUGCAGUUUGACCAGAGAGAACAGAGGAGCUUCCUGGGGGCUCGGAAGGAUUACUGGGAUUUCCUCUUCACUGCCCUGCGAGGACAGCGGGGAUGCACGGAGCAGAUCAGCUUCGUAUGCUCACAGAACAAGCUGAAGACCUCUCUGGGAAAGGGUCGCGCCUUUAUCCGACUCUGCCUUGCCCGUGGACAGCUGGCCGAGUCAAUGCAGUUGUGCCUCCUGAGCCCAGAUCUCACUAGGGAAUGGUAUGGUCCCCGGAGCCCUCUGCUGUGCCCUGAGCUCCAGGAAGACAUCUUGGACUCUCUCUAUGCCCUCAACGGAAUUGCCUUCAACCUGGACCUGCAGCGGCCAGACCUGGAUGAAGACUGGCCCAUGUUCUCAGAGUCCCGCGGCUCCAAUCCCAGCCGGACCCAGGAAAGGAGACCCAGAAAGCCCGAAGGUUUCCCAAAGGAGGUGAGCUGCUCCAGAGGAGAACAGCUGCAGCGACCAGAUAUCCAUGGAACCAGCUGUCUGCAAGACACACCCAGAGAAGACAGCCAACCUGACCUCCCUACCCCCUUGCAGCAUGGCCAUCUUCCCACCUCUUUGGAAAAGAGGAGAGGGGAUUCCAGGAGCCUCAGUUGUCCCCAGAGCAUCCGGGAAACAGAAGGGGAGGAAUUUCAGCUAGACCAAAAGGAGGGAGGCCCAAAGAACAGAAGAUCCCCAAAGAAUUCAGCAGCAAGCAGCCAGCGACAGAGGGAGGGAGCGAAGGAGGCUCAAAAGGAGGUGACAGGAACGGAAGAUGGAGGCACAGGAAGUCUGACGAUGACAGAAGGCCAGAGAACAACAGAAGGGACCCAGGAAAGGGAAGCAAACUGGGACCAUGACCAAGGACUGCUGGCCCCCAGCCUUCAAGGAAGGGUAGACAACAGAACAUUCAGGAACAGGCAGGGGUGGGAUCAACCUAGUUUUCUAGGGCAGCCCUGGGUCCUGCAAGGCCUGGGAAUAAAGGAAGACUCCUCCACUGAGAAGCCACAAGAGUGGACAGGAAUGACCAGUGUGAGCAGGCAGGAGGAUCGAGCAGAAGAGACACUGCAGGAGGUGGUCAAGGACCCCAGGUAUGAGCUUCAGCUGGCAAAGGAACAGGCCCAGCGCUGGGAGCAGCUGCUGCAGGCACAGGAAAGAGAGCUGCAGACGCUCCGGGAGCAACUCAGCAGGUGUGAGGCAGAAAGAGCCCGACUGCAAAUGAUGCUGGAACAGAAGCAGCAGGAGGCUGAGAGGAGGGACGCCAUGUAUGAGAAGGAGCUGGAAGGGCAGAGGGACCUGGUCCGGGCCAUGAAAAGGAGGGUGUUGGAACUGAUUCACGAGAAGGACCACCAGUGGCAGAGACUCCAGCAGCUGUCUGCCGUGGCCGCCGGACACUGUGUGGACUGCAACAAGGUCUUCAGGCGUCUGUCUCGUCGGUAUCCCUGCAGGCUUUGUGGAGGCCUGGUUUGCCAUGCCUGCUCUGCAGACUACAAGAAAAGAGAACACUGCUGCCCAGCCUGUGCCCAGCGGGAAGAAAUCCAGAUCAGCUGACCAAAAUCACAAGAGGAGCCUAAGACAGCUACCCCCUCCACCCACUCAGUUCACUCCCUCCCUGAAGUAUGACCACGCUUUUCUUCUGCAAGCUGGUGAGCCGAGGCACCAGCACAGCUGUGAGGGGUGGGAGAGAACCACUGGCCGUCCACAGGCAGACUUAGCGCUGGCCGUCCACAGACAGACUUAGCUCUGCCUUCCUGUGGAAAGGGCUGAGUGGAACAUGCCUCAGCUCUAGAAGUUUCCGUUUGAUGCGAGGAAGACAGACUAUGAACCCUUCGUAAAGUUCUUAGGGGAACAGUGAGUCCGUGACCAUGAAUAAGAACAGCCCAAGCCCAGCUGUUUCCUAUCCAUACUUCCCUCCCCCAGAUCCCUCACAGGAAGUGAAGCCCAAAUACACUGGGCUUUGCAAUCUCCCCCUCCAAUCUACUUCAGGGAUCUUUGGUUUGUUUCAUUUUUCAUAGAUUUAUAGGGGUACUGUUGAUGUACAAUAAACAUUGCAUAAAUUUGA